GGAAAUGUGGGGGGGAGGGGGGUAGCCCCGAUAAUAAGUGGCCUUUCCCGCCUUUUUUCCCCCUGUCAGAGGACAGACAGUUCCCCCUGUUUAAAUCUGCAUUUCAGGCCCAAGUCUGAGGCAAAAAGAGACUUAAAAGGACUUGAGGCUCCUAGAAAGGACACGAGGGCCACUCAUAGUACUUCCCUAGCAGGAAGGAGGAGCACCAGGCUUGCCAUUUCUGACAGGAAUUUAUCCUGGACUGGAGACUUUAUUUCCUCCAAUAUUUCUCCACAGUGUCCAUUCAGAUCUCCAGGCCUCCUACCUAGGAAACACACACCAGAGAGUUACCAGUUCUUUCUGGCAGGAAUUGAUCUUGGAGGUUUUAUUUCCUCCAAUAUUUUCCUACAAUAUCAAGCUAAUAGAUCUCCAGGCUCCCUAGCUAGGAGUCAAAUCACACAGGGUUACCAAUUAUUUCUGACAGGAUUUUUUUCCCCUGGAGGCUUUUCCCCCUCCAAUAUUUAUCCUCAGUGUCCAUUCAGAUCUCCAGGCUCCCUACCUAAGGAGCACACACCAGAUUUACCAGUUCUUUCUGACAGAAAAUUAUCCUGAGACUUGUCCCCCUGCAGUAUUUUCCCACAUUACCAAUUCCUAGAGACACUCCAGGCUGGAGUUGGCAGCCCUAAAGCAGCCUGGCUGGAAGGAUUUUUGGGCAGUUGAGGAGAAAAAGAGCUCCCACAUAUACUGGUGGACUCUUUUUUCCAACAUGGCCACUCCACAAGAACACAGGGGAAGAACCCCUGCAUCUGAAGGAAUAUUUAUUUGUAUGCGUUUCGAGAACUUAACUUUUUUAAAGGGAUAUUUUAAUUUGCCUGCCUGAGAGAGAUGUAUUCUUGAGACAUCCCCCUCAGGCAGGCAGUCAAGUGAAGAUAUCCCUUCAAAAAUAUAUGUUCUCGAAAUGCCUUUGAAUAAAUAUUGCUUCAGCAACUGCUCUUGUGUUCUUUUUUAGGCCAUCUCAGCUGAUAUUGAUCCUCUAUUUUGUGGGGGAGGGGGAACAAACCCACCACCUCUGUCAUGAAGAGAUGCUUGAGCUGCUGUUUCCACUUUUUUGAACUUCUACCAUCCUUGGAGAAACCGAAGAAGACGACGAUGAAAUCCUUCCACGCAAGGACUACGAGAGUCUGGACUAUGAUCGUUGCAUCAACGAACCCUAUCUGGAAGUGCUGGAGAGUCUGAACAACAAGAAAAACCGUCGGUAUGAAGCCGUGAAGUGGGUGAUGGUGUUUGCUAUCGGAAUCUGCACCGGGCUGGUUGGCCUCUUUGUGGACUUCUUCGUGCGUCUUUUCUCCAGACUCAAAUUCCACGUGGUACAGAGCUCGAUAGAGGAAUGCAAUGCAAAAGGCUGCCUAGCAGUCUCCCUGUUGGAACUCCUGGGGUUCAACCUGACUUUCAUCUUCCUGGCCAGUCUCCUCGUCUUGAUCCAGCCUGUAGCUGCCGGUUCCGGCAUCCCAGAGAUCAAAUGCUACUUGAAUGGGGUGAAGGUGCCAGGAAUCGUCCGGCUUCGGACGCUGGUAUGCAAAGCUGUGGGAGUGCUCUUCAGCGUAGCUGGAGGUCUCUUUGUAGGGAAGGAGGGCCCUAUGAUCCACAGCGGUGCCGUGGUAGGAGCUGGUUUGCCCCAGUUCCAGAGCAUCUCCUUAAGGAAGAUCCGGUUUAACUUCCCCUAUUUCCGCAGCGACAGGGAUAAAAGGGACUUCGUGUCUGCAGGAGCCGCAGCUGGGGUGGCUGCUGCUUUUGGGGCCCCCAUUGGGGGCACGCUCUUCAGCCUGGAAGAGGGCUCGUCCUUCUGGAACCAGGGGCUGACAUGGAAAGUGCUCUUCUGUUCCAUGGCUGCCACCUUCACUCUGAAUUUUUUCCGCUCUGGAAUUCAGUUUGGAAGCUGGGGUUCUUUCCAGCUCCCCGGACUGCUGAAUUUUGGAGAGUUUAAGUGUCCAGAGUCAGAUAAAAAAUGCCACCUCUGGACAGUCGUGGACUUGGGGUUCUUCAUCCUGAUGGGGAUCGUGGGAGGCCUGUUGGGAGCCACCUUCAACUGCAUCAACAAGAGGCUCUCCAGAUAUCGCAUGCGCAACGUGCACCCCAAGCCAAAGCUGGUCAGAGUCUUGGAGAGCCUGUUGGUGUGUCUAACGACCACCCUUGUCGUCUUUGUCGCUUCCAUGGUUCUAGGAGAAUGCCGGCCGAUGUCUUCCGCCAGCCAUGGAGACAACAGCUCUUUGGGCUUGCAGGAUUCCUCUUCUGACGAAGUGAAUUCCAGCAUCAAGACCUUCUUCUGUCCCAACGACACUUACAAUGACAUGGCGACGCUUUUCUUUAACCCCCAGGAGUCGGCCAUCCUCCAGCUGUUCCACCAGGAGGGUACUUUCAGCCCCGUCACGCUCUCCCUGUUUUUCCUCCUCUAUUUCUUGCUCUCCUGCUGGACUUACGGGAUCUCUGUGCCCAGCGGCCUCUUUGUCCCAUCACUGCUUUGCGGGGCUGCUUUUGGACGCCUGGUUGCCAACCUCCUCAAAAGCUACAUCGGCCUGGACCACAUCUACUCGGGGACCUUUGCGCUGAUCGGAGCUGCCGCCUUCCUGGGCGGGAUCGUCCGCAUGACCAUCAGCCUCACAGUGAUCCUGAUCGAGUCCACGAACGAGAUCGCGUAUGGGCUGCCCAUCAUGAUCACCCUCAUGGUGGCAAAAUGGACUGGGGACUUCUUUAACAAGGGCAUCUACGACAUCCAUGUGAAUCUGCGAGGGGUGCCUCUGCUGGAGUGGGAAACCGAGGUGGAAAUGGACAAGCUGAGAGCCGCUGAUAUCAUGGAGCCCAACCUGAUGUACGUCUACCCGCACACCCGGAUCCAGUCGCUUGUGAGCAUCCUGCGCACGACGGUCCACCACGCCUUCCCGGUGGUGACGGAGAACCGGGCCUACGAGAAGGAAUUCAUGAAGUGGGACCAGCUGAUCAGCAACAACAUCAAGUUCAAGAAAUCCAGCAUCCUCACCAGAGCCGGAGAGCAGCGGAAACGCAGCCAGUCCAUGAAAUCGUACCCAUCCAGUGAGCUACGCAACAUGUGUGAUGACCACAUUGCCACGGAAGAGCCUCCGGAGACAGAAGACAUGCUCCAGCAGAUGUUGGAGCGGAGGUACACGCCGUAUCCGAACCUUUACCCAGACCAGUCGCCCAGCGAAGAGUGGACCAUGGAGGAGCGUUUCCGGCCCCUGACUUUCCACGGCCUGAUCCUGCGCUCGCAGCUGGUCACCUUGCUCGUGCGAGGGGUCUGUUAUGCGGAGAAUCAGUCGAGUGCGAGCCAGCCUCGGCUCUCGUACGCAGAGAUGGCGGAGGACUAUCCUCGCUAUCCCGACAUCCAUGACUUGGAUCUGACGCUGCUGAACCCCAAAAUGAUUGUGGAUGUCACGCCCUACAUGAACCCGUCCCCUUUCACCGUCUCGCCCAACACUCACGUCUCACAAGUCUUCAACCUCUUCAGGACAAUGGGCCUCAGGCAUUUACCGGUGGUGAACGCUGUUGGGGAGAUUGUCGGCAUCAUCACCCGGCACAACCUGACCCACGAAUACCUGCAGGCGAGGCUCCGGCAACACUACCAGACCCUCUGACCGCUUCCCGUGCCUCCCUUCCUGCCUCUGAGCUGCUGCUUCCCUCCCUCACGUAGCCCCUGCAUCGGCUUCGUGCACUUUAACAUGAAACAGGUCUGACUUGGAUUCCUAGUGGUAGGCCUGGACACUUCUUGUGGGCUGGGAAAACCAGAGGAGGGUUGUGAAUUCGGUGCUCACUGGCUAGUGGUUUUUUUGGGGGGGGGGCCUCCCUGCCUGCCCCACCACCUGGCUUUGGAGUGAUCCUGUCCUAACAUUUCACUGCCCUGCGGAUGGGUGAGAAGGAUUCUACCUUUGCCGUAUCCCAGCCGGGAAGGACGCUGGCUUUCCAUUCUGUCCCAAAUCUCCAGCAUAUCUUGCCUUACCAUAAACCAGGCUUUAUGGUCUCGAGGGCUUUGAAGCGGCAUCUCCCCCCUUUUCCACGCUCAGCCGACGGUUCUUGGGAGCUGCGCUGAAAUCCUUGGGGAAGCCAGGAAAGAGGGCCUCUCUUGGUCCUUCGCUGGGAAUUGUGGAGCUCUCUACCUUUGCAUGCAUACAUCUGUCUUUUCCCAUUCCACUUCCAAAUUCCUUAACUUUUACGGAAGCCCUUCUGAAGGCCGCAGUGCUUGCUGCUGAAGGAUUUCCAGCCACGUAAGAUUCAAGCCGGGCAUUACUGUCCUUUGCUGUAAAUGACAAAAGCUGUGUGCAUGAGAGAGAAUGAACCUUCGCCAGACCACUGAGUGCGUGUUUUGACUUUUUAGAGGCCAAAUGAUAAGAACUGCCUACUGGGUAGCUGUCUUAAUGUAGAUUUGUGGAGUGGAUUGUCGCAGAUUAAUUUCCGCCCCAGAGUUUGCUCGCCCCGCCCUAAAUCUACCUGUCCUGUGUAGCCUCUGACCGGCCCUGUCUUGUCUUUCGGCCUGUGCUGUCACCUGGCAUAUAGCCAUCCCUCUCUCACCUCGGCAGCGACGUGUGCCGUUCCAGCAUGGCUGGUCUCCUGCCGUCCCACACACCUUGCAAGUUUUCAGCGUAUGCUCUUUCCCUGCAUCAAGCUCCCAGAGCCACAAGGACCACUGAGGAACUCGUGUGAUCUGGUUGAUCAUGGCCGCCUUCCCGGGAGGGAAGACUCCUUCAUUUCCCAGGAUCCUUCCUGCACUCUUGGCUGAGUGCCGUGGCCAGAAGUGCAGCAGGGAAGGGCUCUCCUGUCUGAUCUGUCUACCCCUUGCCCGUCCGUAAUCUCCAACGGCCCUGGCUGCCAUCAUCUCCCUUCGGAACUGCGUGCCUGUUGCACGCAGUUCCAAACACUUUUCAGUCACUGUCCCUCAGCGCCCAAACCCAGUUCCUCCGCUCUUUCAUAGGGAGACCUUAAGUAAAACAUCUUGGCUGACAUCUCACCCCCAGCCCUGUCGGUGGUGGGAUCAUUGAAAAGCUGCUGCUGAUGACACCCAGGCAGGACCGGAAUAUAGUUGGCAAGGGCAGGCCGAGAGAGCCGUCUGCAGCCACUCUGGGGGCGCUGGAGAGAUUUCUCAUCACGGCCGAGCCGCCCGAAGGCUCAAGCCGGCCACAGCCAGUUUGGCUCUUCUAACAGAUCCCCUCCAGGCUGGCACUUGAGUCGUUCCAGCAGACUCUUGCCUCUGUAGAGUGGUGUGUGUGUGUGUGUGUGUGUGUGUGUGUGUGUGUGUGUGUGUGUGUGUGUGUGUGUGUUGGUUUUAAACUUUGCAUAAAUCUCUCUCGAGGGAAGUCAGGAGGGUGGGAGUUGUCACACUGAUGGGCUUGAUAAAGCACAGCACAGAUUUUGCGUUCCUCUCUUAGCAACCCGGGGAAUGCAUCCCAGCAAAAGGACCUUUGCGGGCCAUUCUCUGACCUUCCUGUCCCAGCCCUCGUUAACCUGUCUUUGGCCAGGAGAGAUUUACAGGGGCUUCAUUCUGUGGCGGGGAACUAUUUGGUGGGCAUUCAUUCUUUCUCGUACAAUCACAGCUACACUCAUUUGAAACUGCGUGCAUCAGUUUCCAUUGUUUUGUAGCAUAGAAAUGGCAAAGGAUUCAAUUCAGACCUGAGCUUCCUUGUUAGCCCCGUAAUUUCCAAAUCACCAAUACCCAAGUCUUGCCCGUGACCAGGCCUGUGUGCGCCAGGGUUCAUUUCAGGACACAGACCCAGCGGCGGGUAAGAUCUGCGCAUCAGCGAUUCGGACAUUAUGUUACAAGCGGGAAAGUGGAGACGCGAGCGGUUCCUGCCCUGAUUUUUCCCUCCCGAAAGGCCCUCUUCCUGAAGCUCUGUGUUCCUCUUUGGGACCCGAGAAACUUGUUCGGGGACCGUGUGUUUGGUAUGCUCCAGAGCUGUUGGGGAUUUGCAAAUGCGACUAGUAUGCAAGAGGGAAUGUGUUUGUGAGCCAGACCAAAACGUUGUCGAUUCUGCUCCCCACUUCACCUGCUGGUCCUUGCCCAACGACCAGGGAAGUGCGGCCACAUCUCUUCUCUGCCCAAGAGACUGUGCUUGUUUGUGCCACCUGAAAAAGAAAUGAAUUCAAUUGAACUGUGAAUGUUUUUAUGGGCCUGAGGGUAGUGCAGUGGCCACCGAGAUGAUCCAGUGGGGGAAACAGUAUCUCUACUAGGGAGACACGCCUCUCCAGACCAGGUUGAAUAAGUUUAAGACAGGGCUGAGAAUCUGGAAGUGAGCGGCCAGAGAUUGUCUCUGGGGAUGUGGCUGCAGGUGUGUCCGAUACGGAGCUCUUGGGAGAGCAGGAUUCUCUGGGGAUGUAGCUACAGGCAUGUCCGAUACGGAGCUCCCAGGAGAGUGGAGAAGGUGCAAAGCAAGGGGGCAUGUAGGGCAGACAGGAUCUCAUUGAGGCCAAAUGGGCUGGGGAACUCCCCAAGGCACAGAAGAGGCAAGCAGUCCAGGCCCCUCCUGGCUGCAGCAGGGCUGGCAGUUAAUUGAGGGGUGUGGUUAACGAGGCCCAUGCUCUGGCCUUUUGCGUUUCCUGAUAAUUUAUACAUCCUUGGGGGAAGGGCAGGGGGCAGGCAGAAGUGGGAGGGCGUGCGGCUUGGCGGACUGGUUUCAUCUACUCAAGACAGGAACGCUUUUGGAAAGGUCUCUCUUUGCUCAGCUCCCUGCAGUUCUUUUUUUUUAAAGGCAGAGCAACCCCCCUCCCUUAAGAAACUGCCACCAUUUCUCUUUCCCUUCCUCCUCCCAUAGCUGCUUGAUUCUUGUUCUACAAUGCAGGGAGGGAGGAUCUUUGCUGAGGUAUAAACACUCUUAAAACCUCUUUUUAACCCUGGACAUUUCUGGUUGCAACAGGUAAAGUCUCAGCUUUGCUGACCAGCACAAGCAGCUGUCUUCGAGGCUGGCUGGGAGUAUUCAGAGAAUAAAUGGUGUCCCUUCUCCCCACCUCCAUUCCUGUCCCAGCUGCUUUCUGUAUCCUCAGCCAGUCGGAAGCAGCUGGAAAAAUCCUCCCUGAAGGGGCCUUUCUUAACGAUGCCGCUUGCUUUUUGAGAUUCGGCAGCAGGCAAAACGUGCCCCGUGUCUUGAAGUCGCGAUUCCAUUCUAGCAUCAUCCACAUCAGGAGACGGGGUGCGAUUCGCAGCAACUGUGUCCGUUCUAGCUUUCCCCCCUCGAUAAGUCACAUCCUCGCCCAAGAAGAGGCAGCUUCCACUUGGGCGUUUCAAAAGAGAACCACCGUUGCUGUUGACGCGUCCCAGACAAAUGAGCUCGCUCUGCGCAUCCCUCCAGAAGUGGGCGGAAAAGCCGCUCACAGCCGCGUCUGCGAUUUUGUAAGAUAUUGUACCAAUUAAGGCCUGUCUCCCUCCCCUCCCAGAGCUGCAGAUGUGAAGGUUUUGACAAACCGUUUGUGCUGCACCAAUUUGAGUUCCCGAGCUCUGACAUCCGGCAAGGCCGAGAUAGGAGCAGUUUUGCUUUAUUAAAGACCGAGAUUGCCCAGGAGAGUCCGUCUGUACGCCACGAGGUGUCAGUUGGGUUGAUAAAGUGGCAUCUGUUUGUGUGUGUGUGCAUGCAUUGUUGUGCUCCUUCCUGAUCAAGAUGAGAAACCUUCUUUUUCCUUUAUCUCUCAUGUUGACAAAGUGCUCGUUAGGAGAAGACUGCAAAUAUAACAUUUGCUGCCUGUCGGUGUGUGUUUUGGAAGCUCCCUAGCUGUGUGCUUUCUCGUCCUCUGUCGGUUUGCUUCAGAACUGGGACCAGUGGCUUGAAAGUUCCUGAGAGGUUUCUGCUUUUCCCUCCAGUAGUCUGCAAAGGCUGUAUCUUGUGCUUUUUAAAAUUUUUGUUUUGGAGUGUGUAUAAGACACACUCUGAAGCCCUGAAGGUUUCUGACAGCUGUAAGGGAACAUUAAAGUCCCUUUCUGACGAGGUUGCUUAGGGAAGGAACUUCUCUGUUUACUUUGGAUAAGUGUCUAUCUCUGCACUCUUCAGGUGGUGCCUUUUUGAGGUUACUUUCCUUUGUGGCAUCUCACACAUGCACACACACACACAUGCACACAGCAAUCCCUUUAUGUGCAUUGCUUUUUCUGCGGCUAGGAAGAAGCAUGACACACUGAAACCUGGACCAAAUUUUCCCCUCUUGUCGGAUUUGUGUACUCCACAGUUCACUGUAGAUCACAGCUCUGAUGGCGGGCAAGCUUGUAUUUAAAAAGCCGCAUGUUCUUAAAACUAGCUUUCCAACUUGCAUUUUCCUCUGUGUGCCUCUCAUCGAAAGCAUAGCGCUGUUAGGGGUUUGCUUUGCAUUUCCCUCAGCUGGGAGAAUCUCAGCUCCAGCAGCUGUACAGCAAAACACCUGAGUGCUUCCCCUCUGCGUUGGGAGUUUCAAAUAUUAGCUAAGAACCUGGGGUGGUUGCAGGAACGCAGCACGAACCCUUCGCAUCUCAAGGCAUUGGCGUAUCACGGAUUGCUUCCUCUGUCUUAAGCAAACCACUUUUUGUUGCUCUUUCUGGCCUCAGCCCUGUUGCUCAGAUCCCAGCUUCUGCAGACUCUGGUCUCAGCCAACGGCUUGCACAGAACCACCAGUGUUUGCUUGAAGAAUGCCCCGAUCUCUAUCUCUCAUUUUUUUCCCCCUGCUGAGAAUUUUGUCUUAAACUCCCAAGGGACCCAAUGCACUAAACCUUUUAGAUCAGUGUUAAUCUCAAGUCUUGGGGGACGUUUGGGGAGUGCUCUUGCAUCUCCCGCUUUCUGGUUUCUUGCACAGUGUUAAUUAACAAGUGGUACCAAGACGCAACUCCCCCCUCCCCUGUCGGACCUGAGCCAUUCCAGAAGUGACCACUCAACCUUUUCUUAAUUUAAUCUCUGUAAUUUUUGUUGGGAUUGCACUUUUUCUUUUGGUUACCUGAUCAUGGAAACUAAUUCUGCUGUGUAUAUACAUUUUAUUUUAUUUUUAAUUCUGUUUUGGGGUUGUUGGGUUUUGUUCUGUUUUUUAUUUUGACACUUGCGGUGUGUAACCAUGACAUGUCUUUAAAAAAAAAUAAAUUCUUCCUGGGUGUCUUCAUUGA